ACUGGGGCGCUACUUCACAUAAACUAAUGAUUUGGGCAGUAGAUCCGUGCCCGGUCCGAGGGAAGUCGAGCAGGAUGCUCUUCCUUCCGCUAGGGGGCUCACCGGUUUUUCGUCACAGUAUCAGUAUUCCGUAACCCGGACGUACACGGUAUCCAGCAUGUUCUCCUACUCGCGUGUGUAGUUACGUUUUCUGAUGCGGAGCGUCAUGUAGACUUCUACUAUCGACUUUUAAUGGAUUAUGUUUAGUUAGAUUUGGUAUACUUAGAGUCCAUUAUGAAAUUUGCUUACAAGUUUUCCAAUUUGCUUGGCGCUGUUUAUCGCCGCGGAAAUCUGAAUUUCUCCAAGGAUGGAAACACCGUGAUAAGCCCCGUAGGCAAUCGCGUUUCUGUUUUCGACCUUAAAAAUAACAAAUCCGAGACGCUGCCUCUUUCCACCUCCAAGAACAUAACCUGCGUGGGUCUGUCCCGGGAUGGAAACCUAGCCAUACUGGUAGAUGAAGACGGAGCCGCCCUGCUCAUAAGCCUGGUAAGCCGAGCGGUGCUGCAUCACUUUCAUUUCCACAAGCCUGUGCACAGCGUGAGCUUCUCUCCGGACGGCAGGAAAUUCGUGGUCACAAAAGAAAAUGUGGCCCUCAUGUAUCACGCCCCUGGGAAGACGAGGGAGUUCAAUGCCUUUGUGCUGGACAAGAGCUACUACGGCCCCUAUGACGAAACCACAUGCAUUGAUUGGACCGACGAUUCCAAGUGCUUUGUGGUUGGCAGCAAGGACAUGACAACCUGGGUGUUCGGAACCAAGCGCUGGGCCAACCUUGUAUACUACUGCCUGGGUGGACACAAAAAUGCAGUUGUGGGCUGCUUCUUUGAGCAGGACAGCUUGGAUCUGUACACAGUGAGUCAGGAUGGGGCCCUGUGUGUUUGGGAGUGUGACACUGAGCUGGACGGCUUGCUGGCCGAGAAGCCCAGAGAGGCUCAGCUACAGGAAACGGGCGAGGAAGAGGAGGAGGAGGAGGAAGGAGCAGAAGGACAGCCACGAGCUGAGGUCAUCCGUGGGAAAUCUGACGGGAACAGGCAACAGCAAGGCAGCAGGAACGUCCACUAUAAGCGCCUUGGCAAGUACUUCUUUAACAAGGAGGGUGAUUUCAAUGACUUGACAGCCACCGCAUUCCACAAGAAGACACACCUACUGGUGACUGGGUUUGCUUCUGGAAUCUUCCACCUGCAUGAGCUCCCAGAAUUCAACCUGAUCCACUCACUCAGCAUUUCUGACCAGAGGAUCUCCUCCAUUGCCAUCAACUACACAGGAGACUGGAUAGGCUUUGGCUGUUCAGACAUGGGCCAGCUACUAGUGUGGGAGUGGCAGAGUGAGUCCUAUGUGUUCAAGCAGCAGGGACAUUUCAACAACAUGGCAGCCCUGGCCUACUCCCCAGAUGGGCAGUAUAUCGCCACGGGAGGGGAUGAUGGGAAGGUGAAGGUGUGGAACACCACCAGCGGCCUCUGCUUUGUCACAUUCCUGGAGCACACGAGCAGCGUCACCAGUGUCACCUUCAGCCCACGCGGGUUCGUCAUCGUUAGCGCCUCCCUAGACGGCUCAGUGAGAGCGUUCGACCUGCACAGGUACCGUAACUUCCGCACCUUCACAUCGCCCCGGCCAGCCCAGUUCUCCUGCCUGGCUGUGGACUGCAGCGGCGACCUGGUCAGCGCUGGGGCCCAGGAUUCCUUUGACAUCUUCAUCUGGUCUAUGCAGACGGGCCGAUUGCUCGAGGUGCUGGCGGGUCAUGAGGGCCCUGUGAGCAGCUUGAGCUUCAACCCGAUGCGGUCGGUGCUGGCUAGCUCCUCCUGGGACCGCACCGUCAAGCUAUGGGACAUGAUGGAUAGCUGGCAGACCAAGGAGACGCUCCGUCUCACUGCCGACGGCCUGGCUGUCACAUACAGGCCAGACGGCCAGGAGCUGGCGGUGGCCACACUGGACGGUGAAAUCUCUUUCUGGAAUCCACAAACAGCCUCCCAGACGGGCUCCAUCAUGGGCCGCCAUGACCUUCAAAUAGGCCGGAAGGAGACUGACAAGAUCACAGCCAAGCAGGCUGCCAAGGGCAAGUCCUUCACCUCCUUGUGCUACUCUGCUGACGGCCAAUGUGUCCUGGCUGGUGGCCAGUCCAAGUUCGUCUGCAUAUACAGUGUCAAAGAGCAGAUCCUUGUGAAGAAGUUUGAAAUCUCCUGCAACCUGUCUCUGGAUGCCAUGGAGGAGUAUCUGGACCGGAGAAAAAUGACAGAAUUCGGGAGCCUGGCACUACUGGACGAAGGGGUUGGGGACGGCGAGACAGUGGCUGUCAGCCUUCCGGGUGUCCGGAAAGGAGACAUGAGCUCUCGGCAUUUCAAGCCAGAGAUCCGAGUCAGUUCCCUGCACUUCUCCCCUACGGGCCGCAGCUGGGCAGCUACCUCCACCGAAGGCCUGCUGAUCUACUCUUUGGAUGGGGGGUUGGUGUUUGACCCCUUUGACCUGGACUUGGACGUGACUCCCACCAGCAUUCGACGUCAGCUCCACCAGGCAGCGUGGGCAGUGGCCAUUGUGCUAGCCUUCCGCCUGAAUGAGAGAGCGCUCACCCGGGAGGUGCUAGAAGCUGUGCCGUAUGACCAAGUUGAGGUGGUGUGUAGCUCACUCCCGGACCUGUAUGUGGAAAAGUUACUGGGCUUUGUAGCUGUGGAGCUGGAAAGUUCCAGUCACCUGCAGUUCUAUCUCACCUGGGCCCAGCGCUUGCUUAUCUUCCAUGGACAGAAGCUCAAAGUCAGGUCAGGAGCAAUACUACCGACCAUCCAGUCCUUACAGAAGAGCAUCCAGAAGCACUUUGAGGAUUUGUCCAAGCUCUGUGACUGGAACAUCUACACUAUCCGCUACGCUGAGGCCCUGUCUAAACAGAGGGGCCUGAAGAGGGCAGCACCAGAGCCAGCUAGUGACGACGAGAGGUCGGAAGUGUCGGACCUUAUGAGCGAGGCGUCCCUCGAGGAGACUGACAUGCUCAACUAGAGAUCCUCAAACUUUGAGACUGCCAUUCUUGCAUAUGAAGUCACAUGUGUCGAAUAGCACAGAUGCGUUGAAUAUUGUUAAACAACAUGCUUAGAGUCGAAAAGUUUUGGCUGAACAGAUGAACCGAAGGGGUCAAAGUCUGGCAUGUCGUCUGCAUGAAGCCGCAGUGAGUUGGCUUUUGCACCUCAGAGCCAUGCUAACCAGCGAGUGCAUUGUGGGAAAUAAAGUAACUGGCAGGGGACCCUGACAUGUAGACCGUGCAUGUGAGAUUAUUUUUAUUUUGAACGAAAACUUGUUUUGGGAUUUAUUUGUCUGGAUUUUUUUUUUUAAUGUAUUGAAUUUUGUGUACUGAAACUCAAACAUCAUUUGUGGGUUUUUUUUUUUUAAAGUGUUGCACCGAUGCAUUUGAAACGGGCAUGAGAUACCUGUAAGACCCUUUAUGUAAUGGUUGUUGCUUUUGAAUUUUGUGGAUUGCAGCGGAAACAUAAAAACGAUACCCAGCUUUAAGAAAAAAUUAUUUCAUGGAUGGGGUGAGCAAUUUUUAUCACUUUUAUAAAUUUAUUUAGCAGACGUCUUUAUCCAAUGAGGCAGAAUCAGCCAUUCCCUGGAACAUUUGGUGAUUAACUAAAAGGCAUUAGGGUCCGAUGGUGAAAUCAUUACAGCAACCCUGAAAUUCUAAAUGACAACCUUCCCACCCCAGGCACAGAGCCCUAACCCGCUUAAGUACACUCUGGUCACCAGCAGAUGGCAGCAACAGUGACCGUAGGUAGGAUACAGACUUACCACAUAUAUCUUUUGGCCAGUACUGGAACUAGCUGCUAUGGUGCUUCCCACUCAAGGCAGAGUGAAAUCGGCUGGCAAGUCGGCUCCCCCUCAGAAGUUGGUGCCCUAGACGGGUUGAAUGCCACUGCUUUAAGAGGGAUAUGAUUGGAAGCAGUCAAGACCAUGAGUGAAGCAAUUAGAAGAUUGGACAGCGAUAGGUGGUUCUGGCUGACAACAGAAACUUCACAACUUUACAUAAAUGGGUUUGAAUGGCUAUUAAAGGUAACCAUCUUCACCUGUGACCUGUUUGCUUGUAAUUAGUGAGUGUGUAUAAAAGGUCCAUGAGUUUCUGGACUCCUGACAGACCCUUGAAUCUUUCAUCCAGUUCUGCAUUGAUGUUUUUUGGAUUCUAAAUCAUGGGGAAAGCAAACGAAUUGUCAAAGAAUAGGUAGUUGAACUCUAUAAAACAGGAAAGGGAUAUACGAAAAUAUCAAAGGAAUUGAGAAUGCCGUGUUCAGACUCUAAGAAGUGGAAAAUUAGGGGUUCUGUUGAAACCAAACCACGGUCAGGUAGACCGACUAAAACUUCAGCCGCAACUGGCAGGAAAAUUGUUCAGGAUGCAAAGAAAAACCCACAAAUAACUUCAGGUGAAAUACAAGACUGAAAAAAUGUGGUGUGGCUGUUUCAAGAUGCACAAUAAGGAGGCACUUGAAGAAAGAUGGGCUGAGUUGGUGGUGGAAAGCCAUCGCUACGCAAAUGCCACAAAGAAUCCCACUUACAACAUACAGCACGGAGACCAGCCUCAAACCUUCUGGCACAAAGUCAUUUGGAGUGAUGAGGCUAAAAUGGAGCUUAUUGGCCACGACCAUAAACGCUACUUUUGGAGAGGAGUCAACAAGGCCUAUGUUGAAAGGUACACCAUUCCUACUGUGGAACAUGGUGGUGGAUCGCUGAUGUUUUGGGGAUGUGUGAGCUACAAAGGCACAGGAAAUUUGGUCAGAAUUGAUGGCAUGAUGAAUGCAGUAAGUUAUCAAAAACUACUGGAGGAAAGUUUGCACUCAUUGUACUUGGACAUUCCAACAUGACAAUGAUCCAGAACAAAAGGCCAGGUCGAUCUGUUAUUGGCUACAGCAAAAAUAAAGUGAAGGUUCUGGCCUCCAUAUCAUUGAGCCACUCUUGGGAGACCUCAAACGUGCAGUUCAUGCAAGACAGCCCAAUAACUUACAGGGACUGGAGGCUUCUUGCCAGGAAGAAUGGGCAGCUUUACCAUCUGAGAAGAUAAAGAGCCUCAUUCAGAACUACCACAAAAAACUUCAAGCUGUCAUUGGGGGGCAAAACGCAGUAUUAAGAACUGGGGUAUGUAAGCUUCUGAUCAGGGUCAUUUGAGUAGUUUCUGUUGUCAUUAUGGUUUCAAAAGUAAACACAGUUGUUUGACAAUAAAUGGUUUCAGCCAACCACUAA